GACCUCGCAAUCUCAUACUCGCGAUCAGGCUGUCGACUCGACGACAAUCCUUCCUUGUGCCAGUGCUUCAACCUCCGUCACGAAUCGCAGUUUGUAUUCUGCUCCCCGAGAGUAAACUUCUUCAGGUGAAACCUUGUCUCUCGCAACUCCCGGGAUGUAUCGAAGAAUCCUAGUGUUAAUUGUUAAUCUCGCGUUCGUGUUGACGGCUUGUGCAGAUAAGAAUGUAAGAUGCUAUGUGUGUACUUCAUUAACGCAUCCUAAUUGUGAAACAGAUCCUAAGGCACAUAACCUUGAACUUGUCGAAUGUACUUUAGACCAUAUGCUGGAUUGGAAACUAAGAAUUCAACAGCACAAAGCUUUAAAUUGGGCAGCUCCAAUUUUUGAGGUUGACGAUUUGGAUCACCAACUUGUCGCUCCAAUGGCGUGUGCUAAAAUGAUUUUGAAGGAUAAAUAUCAAAACAUCACAAUGAGAAGUUGCCAAACAGCGAAGACUGAGACCGUUGACCCGUGCAAAUCGAUAAAUGCUAUGAUCCCUACAUUAACUACGGACGAUAAGAAGUUGGAAUUUUGUGAAUUAUGCACGGAGGACGCUUGCAAUAGUUCGAUUACAAUUUCGCCAACAAUUUCCGUUACUUUGUUGUCCGCUCUUGGAGCUGUAGUUUUGGGCUGUUUUUAUAACAGCGCGUAACCUUUAUAUAUCAAAAUAUAGAGUUGAUUGCGAUCGGCCUUACAGGCGUUGCUCGUUAAUCGAUUCAUAGCGUAUUCUAAGACUUGAAAACACACACAUUAAGCAUAUACAUUGUUCACUAAUACUUCACAUCGUGCCACGAGUAUGUAUCAUACAAUGAAUAUUCGAAAAAAAGAAAAAAAAAAUUAAAAAUUCAGCGUUGUUAGAUUAAUUUUUGACUAACGAAUAAAUUAUUUUUCUGUAUAUUUUUAUCGUUUUCUAUAUACGUACAUAAUUUUUAUUUGUAUUUUCUGUAGCGAGAUCGUAAAUUCCUAUUUCGUACAGACGAAAGAUACAAAUUAUUAAAUAAUCAAACUUCUUUUCGCGGUUAAAUUAAACUUGCGAUAGUCUAUAAGGGAAUUCAUCAGAUUUGUUCCAUUACUUUAGAAUGACUUCUGAUAUAUAUAAACGUUUCUGUCUUGUUUCUUUCUUGUUUCAUAAUGAAAUGAAAACAACGAAAUACUUAUGAAAGAAUUCCAGACAGAAAUGUGACUUUCCACACAAUUUCUAUUGUCCAAAUUUUAAGAAUAAAUUGGCUAGCAGAUUUUGUAUAUCGAGUACUUCGAGAAGCUCAUGUCUAUAGAAUUAUAUUUAACGAAUAAUAACUUUAUGCAGAUUGAGCAAUGGUCAUUGCUUGUAUGUGUGUUCAUUAUAAAAAUUCGGAUGUUAUUAUGUAUAUUUGUCAAAUUGCAUUUGCGAUUAAAUUCAUUAAGCACGACCUUAUAAGCAUAAAGAAGUAAAUAUAUGUAUAUUAUAUAUGUACUUGAACUUAUAUGUGUAUUGUACAUACAAAUGAAGAGGCUUAUGAAAUAUCAAAUUUGGCUAAUGUUUAUAUCACGGAAUGCUAUUUAGCUUCUAAAGAUGGAAUAUAUUAUUAUCGAAAAUUGUGACGAGCAAUAAAUAUAUAUCGACCGAUUGUACUGUAUUAUCGUUAAAAAUUCAAUCCGCAAUUUUUCGACAAAUAACUGAAGACACUAAGCAGUAAGAAUUUUAAACUUUGUACAUAAAUGUGCGCAUUAGAAAAAUAUACGUAAUCCGUGAGGUUUCUCUAAGCGGAUAAGAGCGAUGUCUUUUCAUAUUAAUGGAAAUAUACGUUUUUGAGAAAAAUUUUAAAGAAACGAUAUUCUCAAACAUAGAAACGUAGACUAUCAAUUUCAAGCUUAUCAAAUAGCGAAAUAAAUGAAAAUUUAUGUAUGCGUAGUUCUUAAAAGAAACGAUAGGUGAUAUGCGGUUAAAACUUGUCACGGCAUUAUCUAUUUUAUUCACUUUUCUAUUAAUGUUAUUUGUAAAUAUGUAUUAAUAUUCACACUUAGUUUUAAUAUUAACACCGUGUUUUUUUACAAUAAUUCGAAAGAUAUUAUAGCUUGAUUUUUAAAUAUGUAUUCUAGUGUAAUAUCUGUGCACUAUAAUUCUAAACGAGAAGAAUUUAAAAAAUAUAGUUGGGAGGGUUUGAAAAUGGAA